AUGCAGCCGACAAGUAGUUUACUUCGCUGGACCGAUGAUCUCCAUAAGAUCUUCCUGGAAGCUGUAGAGUAUCAAGGAGGCCCCUAUGAGGUGAAGCCAACUGCGGUGAAGGAGAAAAUGGAAGCUAUGGGAGUCACAGGCCUCACAAUCUGGAACAUAAAAAGCCACCUCCAGAGAUACAGGGAGAAGUGCAAUUUAGGACCUGAACCUCCUCGGGAUGUCCGAGGCACUGCAUCACCAAGGAAGGCUGGAGAUAAUGUGACAUCUGAGACCGAGACAGUGGUGGACAGUGAUGCAGCAACGAAUCUGACUGAAAUGGAGGGAGCAAGCUCUAACGACGUUGCCGCCAAGGCCACCACGACGCCGCACUUCGUGUUCGUCCCGCUGAUGCACCACGGCCACCUGAUCCCGGCGGUGGACGCGGCGCUGCAGCUGGCCACCCACUCUAAAAAGCCCCCAGCCCAACAAAAUCCCAGCACCACAACGCCAAACAAGGAUAUAUGUCAACAGAAGGGGGAAAUGUGA